AUCACUGAGGGAGAAAGACACGAUUCAUGCUGUCCGAUAUCCGAUGGAUUGGAUAAAUACCGUCAAGAACGCUGUCACGAUGGAAUAAGGGAGGAUCCUGUGAAUAAAUAAGCACCAAAGUGGCCGGAUAGCAUGCGGCGCGCGUCUGGCUGGAAGAAGUUGAGCAGCAGAGAGAGCUUGGAAGGAUGCAGGGAAGAUGGCGAUGAAUGUAAAGAACAGGGAUGCUUUUUAUCCGAGUGCCGACUAUUGCGAUAUCUACACUUCCCAGCCCGUGAACUAUGGAGAUUGCAGCCCUUAUUUCCCUCGGAUGACAGGUCCGGACCCUAUUCUCAAACCGCCUCUUAGUUUGAUAUGUCAGCAGCCACCUCAGCCUUUCCAGGCCAUGACCCCGACCCAGAACCUCAGUCCUCCGCCGGUGAUGAUGUCUCCGGAUCCCUUGCGGUUCCCACACUGCUCUCCUCUAGCCAUAAAGCCGCCCACUCACCUCCAGUUGCCGCCCACCCCUCCCAUCCCAGCGCCCCCCGUCCUCAGUCCCAAGCCCCCCGAAGAAGACGCUCAGGCGCUGGGUUCUGACCAGGAAGCCACUCUGGAAGAGCUUUGCAAGCCUCUGUACUGUAAGCUCUGUAACGUCACUCUCAACUCUGCCCAACAGGCUCAGGCACAUUAUCAGGGGAAAAACCACAGUAAGAAGCUGCGCAAUUUUUAUGCUGGUAGCCAGCAGCCACCUCCAAUUAGAAUACCAGAGGUAGUAGAGCCUGUUUCCCAGCAACCCUCAGCCACUCCACCCACAGAUUCUGCAAAUGUGACUGCCAACCAGCCACUCUCUAAGGGCGCUAGCCGGGUCAUACUGGCCACGGAAAACGACUACUGCAAGCUGUGUGACGCUUCCUUCAGCUCUCCCGCUGUGGCCCAGGCACACUAUCAGGGCAAGAACCACGCCAAAAGACUGCGGCUAGCCGAGGCGCAGCAGAACGCCACGUCCUUAGACUUGACCAACACUCAGAGACGGCCACGGAAAGAAGGAUAUGAGUACCGAUUAAUGAAGAACCGUAGGGCUCAUAUCAAUACUGCCAUGCCAGGCCCGUACUACAACCCGCGGCCGAGGCAGCGUAUCCCACGAGACCUUGCGAUGUGCGUCACACCCAGCGGGCAGUUCUACUGCUCGAUGUGUAACUCGGGUGCCAGCGAGGAAGCGGAGUUUCGACUGCACCUGGAGAGCAAGCAGCAUAAGAGCAGGGUGUCCGAGCAACGCUACCGCAGCGAGAUGGAGAAUCUGGGAUACACUUAAGAAAAGCAGCCAAAGUGAUCAGUGAUUCCCACGUCCUGAAGAAAUAAUCGUGCAAUCCUUGAAGUAGCCGGUUUCCGUUUUAAAACGAAAGACGACUUUGUCAUUUUGUUAUUCUAGAAGUAAUUUAUGAGCUAAAAUUCAGAAACACUGAAAAAGUGUUUUAUAUUUUAGUGCCAUUAAUUGGUGGCGCGGACAUUUUAGGAAACAUUAUUAAUAAGAGAUAUCUAACAGAAGGCUUCGAAUGCUCAUGUGCACAGAUUUAGGAUCAACUGGCAAAUAAUUAUAAUUUACUUAUAAUUAACCUAAAAGUACUAAAUUCUUAUCCUAAAUCGUUUGAGCAAGUACACGAAUAUUAGAAUAUACCGCUCUGGAUUAUACUUUCAGUAUGAUACAAAACAAUACUUUCAGUAUUUAUGUUUAUGUCUAGCGUUUUUUUUAUUAUAAUUUAUUUAAUUUUAAUGUCUAACGUGCUUCAGAGAGGUGAUGAGUGCAAGUGUUUUUUUUUCUCAACUGUGUUUGCGUGAAAAAGGGACGAAUCUAGCAGCAAUCCGUUUCCUGCACAAGCAGAAGUGGCAAUCCUGCUCGCUCUGAGCCGUAGAUUCACUGUGUUUCUUCAGGAGCUACAGAACGGACGCCGCCGUUCUGCCGAUCGAGACUGCAUUCCCUGGAGAAUCCUCAGCGUGGGUCUCCGGCGUGCCUGCUGAAUGUACCACGAAAGCGAUGACAAUAGAUCUACGUCCGUCUGGCUUUGCACAUGUUUACUGGAUGUAGUGGGAGAUUUGCUCUAUUUUGGGGGUGUACAUCUGAUAUAUUGUUAACCAGCACGCUUCGGUGCGAGAUUAUUUGGGUGAUUGUUGUUUAUUUUCAUCUUGGAUUAUCCCCAGGGAAUCUCUCGCCACACUAAAGGGUGGAAAUGGGAAAACAUGGCUAUUUUUAAUGAGGUCCAUGCCUCCCAUGCCCCUUACCUCAGUCACGACCCUCUGAAAAGUUGGCCUGCCGAAGCUUAUCUGGGAAACGCUUUUCUAUUUUAAAAUUUUAUUUCAAGUAUUUACUUGGCCUUUAAAAAGAAUAGUUGAAAAUUUGCUGAAGUUUAAUUCACCCUCAGGGCAUCCAGGGUGUGGAUUGAGUUGGGUGCUUUUCAGAACAGAUCUGGAGAAGUUUAGGUCACUUGCUCACCGAUGUAUACUUUGCAGUGAAUGGGUGCCGUCAGAAUGGCAGUCCAAAAAGUUGAUUAAAAACCGCAAUAAUCCGCAGGUAAUCGUAAAGCGCAUCAAUUAAUAUCUCGUGAAGCAAUGCAGUGUGCUUGCAAUAAAUAAACAGCAUUUAAUGCAUUUUAACUGAAAACCAUAACUUCUAGUCAAAAUAUUAGUCAUGAAAAAAAAUCCGUCCAAUUUCCAUUUCCAAUUUUUCCAGCCAAGACCACUUUUUUCCACUAGAGAAAGCAUUAUUAUAGAAAGAGGACUGUAAUUUUAAAGGUGAACCUGACUUUACCAUGUUUUAAGUGAUAUAAUUAGGUCCCCUGAGCAUCUACCAACCAAGGAAACGUGAAUAAGAUCAACCCAGUAACUUUUGUUUUAGCAAGCCUUUUUCUGCAAGCGUCUGAAAAAACGAGAACGUCUUUAUCUCGCUCGUCUCAAAGGGACAUCAUUAUAAUAUUACCUCCCCUUAUAAUGUUUUCACCUGCUACGCGGUCAUUUUGAUUUCAAAUGCCAUGCAAACAGAGCCUCAAACGAGACAGGUGAGCAAAAAAAACACGUGAUGUCCUUCCCAGCUGUUUACCUUCACAAACAUAACCGACUGUAACUCGUGUGUUUUUAACGUAAACUUGUGCGUGAAUGAGAAUUUAGUUUAGUACUCACGCGCUUUAGAUAUAUCCACUCAGAAAACCAUAUAUCAGUUUAAACUGAUGCGAUUUAAAACGCACGAUUCGAACACGAUAAACAUGAUAACCGUGUUUUUAGCAGGUAGUGGCCGCAAAGCCGUAUUCUGGAAAAGGGGGCGUGGAACAGCAGCUCAUUUGCAUUUAAAGAAACAGGCACCGAAAUCAGAGCGUUUGCUUCCACUCAGAAUAGGUAUUUACAAAAUGGCAUUUAAAACUUUACAAACACAUUCUGAGGACACCAAGUUAAGGUGUGUUUAUUAUAAACGCGCAGCUUUCCACUUUACAAAAUGUUACUUUUAUCAACUGUUUGGACUCUCAAUAUGACGGCACCCAUUCACUUCAAAAGAUCUAUUGUCGAGCAAGUAAUGUAAUGUUACUACAUUUCUACAGUUUUUUUUUCAGAUAAAGAAGCAUGCUAAUUUAUAUCUUGGAUGGCCUGACAAUUAAUACAUUUUCUGUACAAUUUGUGAACAGUUCCUUUAAGUCUUUAAAUUGAGACAAGUAGAAAUUUUAGAUGCUUUAUUUUGUUUGUUCACGGCCGCAUGAUUUUAUACAUUAACAUCACUCCUCCCCAACUGCAGCACUUAAAACACUAUAAAUAUUUUAUAAAAGACAAUUUAAAUAUUGUGAACAGAAGAAAUGGCCCAGUUUUACUCUGGCUGUUUUGUUUUGUUGCUAUCAAUAACUCCAAAUAAGCUAUAAAACCACUCUUCAGAGUUGCAGUCCACUGUCCCUAAAUGAGAUUGCAAUUAUUUUCUGGUUUAGUGUUAUUUCUGCAUGGGGUUAUUGCUGCUUGUAAAUAAGAGGGUGACUGCAGAAAAUGAAUUGCACUGAAGAAAUGGAAAAGACGGUAUCGUAAUAAGUGGAGCCACGCUAUAGAUUAUUACAAAGACAUCUAUGUUCAUUCGAAUCAAAUGUUUACAGCUGGAAUCAUCACAAGGGACUUAUGGGAGCGCCUGACGGACUAAUGGACGCAGCGGAGCAGUGAAGUCAUCUUAAAUGUGCCUCCGAGUAUAAAGCCUACUCAACUGUGAUGUUGAACAUUUCAUGUCGUUCUGCUUUGCAUAUGUUUCCAGUAGGAGGGACUCCCGAGUAACGAGUAAUGUUUCGCGUACUCGAAUACUGACCGUUUAUGUUGAGCUCUUUUAUAUAAAUGUGGUGAGAUGUUGCAUAUGUACAUAUUGAUAGAAUUUCAAAAGGUGGCGUUUUAAACACGUUAAAUGUUACUCCGGCACGCUUGCGAGGUGCAGAUUAUCCCAUGAAACGCACCACUCAUCGUCAAUUUGGUGAUUUGACGGUGGAAAUGAUCUGCAGUGCGGAAGUAGAGCGGAAAGGCUAGAGGAACGCUUAGAUCCAGGGAACGGGACGAAACUCGCAUCGUCCUACGUGAGCGCUACAGCUAUAUAUAUUACACAAAAAUAAACUGCGGUGGUGUUUUCUGCUGGUAGCCAGCCAUCGCGCUCGCUCCCAGGGAUUCACCAGAGGCAAGCCAUAUCCUGUUUUGUGUUUUGGUGCGGUCAGGAGAUUUUGACCCUAUCUGGAAACGGACCUUCCCAAAGGACUCCAGCAGGGACACUGGGAUCUCCCCCGACCCGAGGGACAAACCCGACCUAUUCCCUUCAAGCCAAUCGCGAUUUUUAUUUUUCCACCCCAUCAAUAAAUACCUCUGUUUUAAUUCACACCGAGAGUCGUAUUUCACAAAUGUUUUCUAAAGGAUUAGCAGAAGCAUUUUAUUUUGGGGUACGUCGAAAUAAAAUCUAGCUGUAGUGCCUUUUGAAGACAUGUUCUUAUAUAACGGUUGCCUUUUCACGUCCAUUAAAGGCCUGAGUGCAAUACAGAUGAUGUGAUAUUUAUCUGACUUCUUCCUUUUCUUCCCCGUUAAAUAGUGGUUCAGUGUCUUGAAUGUCCAGUACAGAACAUUUUAACUUCAUUGUAGAGAGUCCCGGAACUCGAAUUUUGAAUGCAAUAUAAUGUAUUAAUAAAUUUAAUUACAGAACAAG